UGCGAAAUAAUUUCAGGAAACGUUUCACUGUUUUUGACGUAAAUAGUGAUUAAAAAAAGUUAUUUUUAUGACAUUUUAGUGUUUAAUUAGUAUUUGUGUUAUCAUUAUAUACAUGAGAUAUGACUUAUAAUCCGUUGAUCCCAUAUUGCGAUCGCAUUAGUCAUCCGUUAAGUCCGGGAACUCUUAUCCGGAUCACCGGAACUCCUAACCCAUCGGCGCGUUGUUUUGCGAUUAAUCUUCAAUGCGGGCCAUCGGUUAACCCGCGCGACGACAUCGCCCUCCACUUGAGUCCAGUCUUCACUCCUCCGCCACGUGUUGUCAGGAAUUCAUUGCAAACCCAGAGAUGGGGCCCCGAAGAGAGUUUCGGUGGCUUUCCAUUUAUGAGUGGACAGCCCUUCGAAGUAAUGGUUUUGAUAGACUCGGAUCACUUCAAGAUAGCCAUCAAUGGCUCGCAUUUCACAGAAUUUCGACACCGAUUACCACUGCAACGAAUCACCCAUUUAUCCAUUGAUGGCGACGUCACCAUCGGUUCCAUCACUUAUGAGGGCACACCUCAGCCGUCAUACGCACCGCCCUCCGCACCCAUGACCGGCGCCCCUCCCUAUCCUAUGGGUGCCCCACAAAUGCCCGCUUACUCCUCGGCACCGGCCUAUGCAACCGGUGCUCCCUAUCAGUCACAGCCGUCAUAUCCCAACCAAAACCCACCCAUUUAUCCGACGGGUGGUUACCCACAGGCAUCCUAUCCCACCACCAGUUACCCCACUGUUACCCCACACCUGGAUAUCCGGUUCCAUUCUCCGGGCCAUCAAAGUAAAGGCAUAUUAGGCGGUGCUUUGGGCGGUACUUUAGGCGGUUUGGCUGCCGGAGCCGCCGCAUCGUCUAUCGGCUCCGCAAUUCUAGGCAAACACCACGGAAUGGGAAAACAACACAAGCACUCGAGUCCCAUCCCAAUCGGCGGCUUAGUUGCCGGUGCAGGCGCUGCAGCCCUGGGCGCCGCUGUCCUCACAGGACACCAUCCCUUUAAAAAAGCGAAAAAACUGUUUAAACACAAAGGAUUUAAACAUAAAGGAUGGCAUAAACCCAAGUUUGGCAAAUGGAAGCACAAGGGAUGGAGUUCUGGCAGUUCCAGUGAAGAGGAAUAGAUGAUAAUACCCUGUCUGUCAGUCCUCUUAAGUGCAAUUUAAGAACUUAGAAAGUUUAUAAUUGUUUGUUAUCUUUGUUUUAUACAACGCUAUAAUAACUUAGUGUAUGAUCUGCACGAUGACUCUCUCAUUGAAAUAUUGAUAUUUCAUAUUUUGAUAAUCUAUAAUAAUCUCACAAAUGCCUCAAUUAUAAUACAGUAAUAACAAAACACAACUUAAAUUAUACACAUUUUGUUAAGUAAUAAUAACUUUACAAAGUAUACUACCGGUAAUUAAUAUAAACGACAAUUUUGUUUUUGUAUCAUUUUAUAAUUAUUAUUAACUAAUGCUUUGCUUAAUGAC